GCAGGCCCGCUCCCGCACCGCCCGAGCCGAGCUGACCUUCUCCGUGAGCCAGGUGGAGCGCCGUCUGCGGGAGGGCCGCUAUGCCCAGCGCCUGAGUUGGUCUGCGUCCGUGUUCCUUGCCGCCACCCUCGAGUGCCUGACGGCCAAGGUGCUGGAGCUGGCGGGCAACGAGGCCCGCCACAGCGCCAGGAGGCGCAUCACCCCAGAGCUCCUGGACAUGGCCGUCCACAACAAUGCACUGCUCAGCGGUCUCUUCGGGACUACGACCAUCUCCCAGGUCGCCCAGCCCCGGCGCUAG